AUGGCUCCGAACCGCAAAUACGCAAACUACCCCGGUGCCCGCGAGGGUCCGGUCCAAGCCAGCACGGAGGUACCAAAGGAGGACGAGAACCCCGUCCUCCGCGGCUGGCCUCUGGUCGUCGGCUCAACCCUCCUCGCAAACUCCGGCGUCCUCCAGCGCUUCUUCUGGCGCAACGCAAAGUUCGGCUCGAUCAGAGACCUCCCGGGCCUGGUCGACUACAGAUACCGCUUCCAGCCCGACGUGAUCGCCCUCUCCGAGACGGGCGAAUCCCACCCGGACCCGAUCCCCUUCUCCGCCGACCUGACGACCCCGGCCCCGCAGGACCUCCCCGCCCGCUACCUCUCCAGCGCCGACUACCAUGCCCUCUACGCCACCGGCGCCCUCACCCCGCUCGACAUCGUCCAGGCCCUGCUGCCCCUGAUCCGCCGCGCCGAGGGCCACCCGCCCCCCGAGACCGGGCCCUACGCCAACGCCUGGGUCGCCUCCCACGGCCGCGAGGACCUCGCCCUCGACGCCGCCCGCGCCUCCACCGAGAGGUGGCGCGCCGGCAAGCCCCUCGGCCCCCUCGACGGCGUCCCCAUCGGCGUCAAGGACGACAUCCCCGUCGAGGGCUACGUGAGCCACAACGGCAUGCAGUACCGUCCCGACCUCCCCUGGUUCAAGCCCGCCGAGGACACGUGGUGGCCCGUCAAGCAGCUCGAGGCCGCCGGUGCCAUCGUGGUCGGCAAGAACGCCAUGCACGAGCUGGGCGGUGAUACCAACGGUUGCAACCCGCGCUGGGGAACCCCCACGAACUGGUACAACACAUCCUACUACCCCGGCGGCUCCUCUUCCGGAGGCGGCUCCGCCACCGGCGCCGGCAUCAUCCCCAUCUCCAUCGGCACCGACGCCGGCGGCUCCAUCCGCAUCCCCGCCUCCUUCAACGGCGUCUACGGCCUCAAACCCUCCCACCACCGCACCAUCGCCAUGAACUCCUCCAUGUGCGUCGUCGGCCCCCUCGCCGCCACCGUCGCCGACCUCACCAUCGCCUACCGCCUCAUGUCCCGCCCCAACCCGGACGACCCCAUCCAGGGCCUCUACGCCCCCUCCGUCCCGCCCUCCCCCUCGGCCCCGAAGACCAUCGCGAUCGACGAGUCCCAGUGGUCCCGCGCCCAGCCCCCCGUCGCGGCCCUCUGCCGCGCCGCCGUCGAACACUUCAGGUCCCGGGGCUACGAGAUCAUCGACGUCCGCAUCCCCCAACUCCGCGAGAUCCAGCUCAUGCACUCGGCCACCUGCGUCACCGAGAUGGGCGACCUCGCCCGCCACCGCCACCCGGACCCGGACGCCUGGCAGUCCAUCAUCAACCACGCCAACAAGGUCACCAUGUCCGUCGGCACCGUCACCCCCGCCGGCGACUACAUGAAGUACGCCCAGCUGCGCGACAUGCUGAUGAAGCACCUCGCCCACCUCUUCGAGUCCCACCCGGGCAUGAUGCUCCUCACCCCCACCACCCCUCUCCCGGGCUGGCCCAAGCAGCCCGGCGACGAGGCCUACGGCGUGUCCGACACCAACACGACCAUCGCCAACAUGGGCUACGUCUACGUCGCCAACGUGAGCGGGUGUCCCGCCGUCACGGCGCCCGUGGGCUACGUCGACCCCGUGCAGGGCGAGGGGAGGGUGCCCGUCGGGCUGAUGGCCAUGGCGGAGUGGGGGUGCGAGGAGCAGCUGCUCGGCUGGGCGCGCGAGGCCGAGACGUAUCUGCACCAGGAGGGGCGGAGGAGGCCCGAGGGGUGGGUUGACGUGAUCGAGAUGACCAAGAACGGCGGUCUCGAGGCCAAGAAGAACAUCUGA